AUGAAGCACGCUUCAGGAGUCCCACCGCAAGAAAGGUGGCCGACUAUUAAUGCAGAACAAAAAAUUCGGUGUGUUGAACGCCUGUCCCGGCACCUGAUAGAGCUUGCAGCCCUCCAAUUUCCCGCAUCCGGUAGCCUGUAUAUCUCAGAGUCAUUGGCGAGCGGGAAAGAGGCAAUCGAUAUUGGGUCUUCGUUCUGCAUUGCACACCAUUGCGGUACAGACUAUUGGCCCUCUAUUCCGACGGAGCCACGAUACUACGGGCGUCGAGGGCCAAACCGGGGACCAUGGAAGGGUCUCAGAGAAUACAGUACAGGAUUUUGGAUGCCGGAUAUUUACGUUUGCCUCCCAGUCCGGCGAAGGAUGAAUUUGAGGGUACGCUCGAUAAGCAUUUUCGACUACUCAAAAUCAGUGAAGAAAUUCUCGGCGUUCUUUUACAACAAGAGGAUAUUCAGAAGGAUGCAGAGCCCACGCUUCUCCACAUCGAUUUCCAUAAGCGCAAUAUCUACGUCUCUUGACGAAGAUCCGCGCGUGGUUACGGCAAUCAUUGACUGGCAGUCUGCCAGUAUCGAGCCAACGUUUUUCUACACUCACGAGACGCCUGACUUUGUCGAGGCACUAGCCGACUUUCAAGAAUAUUUGCGACAAUUUCUUGGUCCAAGUUCUGAGAAUGUUUCCGAUGAUCCCGCUCGUGAGAAGGCCAAGCAGAAGCUGGAAAAAGGAGAUUGA